AUGAUUAUGAAUUUCAAUAUAGAAAGGGGUCAAAAAGGUACAAAUAAUGCUGAUGCGCUAUCGAGAUUACCUAUAGAGGGAAAUAUUGAUAAAGAUUUAUUUUCAAUAAUGUUAGUUGAACAGUUACCAUUAACGUUUCACGAAAUAGCAAAGGAACCGAGUGAAGACGCUGUUUUAAAAAUAGUUUGUGAGCAGGUUAAGUCUGGUUGGGUUGACCAUAAAAAUUAUAAAAACGAGUCAGAACCAUAUUUUAGUAUUAGGUCUGAGUUAUCAAUUGAAAAGGAAUGUUUAAUUAUAGGAAAUAGAGUUUUAUUUCCAAAUAUAUUAAGACAGCAAGUGUUAAAUAUUUUACAUAAAAACCAUCCAGGUGUAGUACGAUCAAAAAUGCAGUUAGCUCGAUCUUAUGUAUGGUGGCCAAAUAUAGAUAGUUGUAUUGAAAAGUAUGUAAAAUGCUGUUCACAAUGUCAGUUUAAUCAAAACGUUAAAAGUAAAAAUGGCAAAAUGUUUGUCCCCUUUCCGAAGUCAGAAAAACCAUGGCAGGCAUUGUUAGCGUAUUCAUAUUGA